AGAAGAAUACGGUCAUCUCAUUUGCUGGAUUGAUUUAACAGUGUUACGUAAUGUUAUUGCCAGAAACGUAUUUAAAGAGAGGGUUUGUGCAGUUUGAAGAAGUUCUAUGCACAAAGCAGGAAGUCCUGAAAGAUAAUUCGAUCCUAUCACCAUGGCUUGCAUUUACGGUGAUGUGAUGAAGAUUGACACCACAGGCGCAUCAGAUCAAACAGCUAAACAAGACAAACUUACUGUUCAUGGUGUGGAGGCUUCCAACCAGCUGGCCAAGAAUGACUCGACCAGGAUGAGUAACUACAAGGGGCUGAUUAAUAAGGUGGGAAGUGAUCUGAAGAUGGACCCGACUAUCAUCUGCGGCAUCAUAUCCCGCGAGUCUCGGGCUGGCGCUGCAUUAGACCAUGGCUGGGGUGACCAUGGAAAUGGAUUCGGACUGAUGCAGGUUGACAAACGACAUCACACACCAGUCGGAGAGUGGAACAGUGAACAGCACGUGCGACAGGGAACACAGAUUCUGAUUGAUUCAAUCAAUGAGGUCAAGGCUAAAUUUCCAGGCUGGCCGAAAGAGCACAUUCUUAAAGGAGGAAUUGCUGCCUACAAUUUUGGAAGCAAGAAUGUCAAGACUUAUGAGCGCCUAGAUGUGGGAACCACUGGCAACGACUAUUCCAACGAUGUUGUGGCCAGAGCACAAUGGUUCAAAAGGAAUGGUUACUAAGAAUAUUAAAAAUCUAAAUGAAAGAGAUAAAACAAUGAAUCUCAUUGUAAUUUUUUUGGUUUGGAUCUUAUUAAAGAAGUUAUAACAUUC